CCGCGCUCCGCCCCUCGCCGCGCCGCGCCCCGGUUCCCACGGCGCCCGCCCCGCCGACCAGCCCGCCCGCCCCGUGAGCAGCCCCGCCGGGCCAGGCCGCGCGAACAUGGCGCUGGUCCCCUGCCAGGUGCUGCGGGUAGCCAUCCUGCUGUCCUAUUGCUCCAUCCUGUGCAACUACAAGGCCAUCGAAAUGCCCUCGCACCAGACAUACGGGGGGAGCUGGAAGUUCCUGACCUUCAUUGAUCUGCCUCACAGACAUACCGAGAAGUACUCAGAUCUUACAGAACAACAAGUGAUGGCAUCACCUCAUCAACAUGCCAAACAUGAAGCUGUCCUAUAUCCUCUCCAGAUCUCCAGUCUGUCAGAGGUUAUCCAAGCCGUUUUCUUCGGCAUCUGUGUGCUGACUGAUCUUUCCAGUCUUCUGACUAGAGGCAGUGGGAACCAGGAGCAAGAACGACAGCUUCGGAAGCUCAUCUCUCUCCGGGACUGGACGUUGGCUGUGCUGGCCUUUCCUGUUGGGGUUUUUGUUGUUGCGGUGUUCUGGACCAUCUAUGCCUAUGACAGAGAGAUGAUAUACCCAAAAUUGCUUGACAACUUCAUCCCAGGGUGGCUGAACCAUGGAAUGCACACGACGGUUUUGCCCUUUAUCUUAAUCGAGAUGAGGACAUCCCACCAUCAAUAUCCCAGCAGGAGCAGCGGGCUCGCCGCCAUAUGCACCUUCUCCAUGGGCUAUAUAUUAUGGGUGUGCUGGAUACAUCAUGUCACCGGCAUGUGGGUGUACCCCUUCCUGGAACAUAUUGGCUCGGGGGCCAGGAUCAUCUUCUUUGGAUCAACAACCAUCCUAAUGAAUUUCCUGUACCUGCUUGGAGAAGUGCUAAACAGCUACAUCUGGGAUACGCAGAGAAGUAUGGAAGAAGAGAAAGAGAAGCCUAAGCUGGAAUGAGAUCCCAGGCUAAGAGGAGAAGCAGAAAGAAGCUGCCCUUGCAUCCUUUGGGCCCUGGGCACUAGCAAUGAGGACACAGAACUUCAGAGGGGGCUAUGACAUCAGUUCUGUCUCCCUGGCCCUGAGGGAGAGCAACUUUUACAUACAAAUAUAUACAAAAUAGGACACAUUGCCUUUGAAAAGAACUCACCCUAAUUUUUUUUAAAUUCUCUUUCCAAGUUCAUUAUUGAUGAUUUUUUCUAGCUUUAAAACUAAAGUUGAAAAAAUUUCAUUUCAGCAGUAAUUCCAUCUAAUCGAGAAAAAAAUCAAAUGUACUUUUUGUUGAGGAAUAUCAUAAAAUUGGAGGAGCAGAUGUGGAUUGAGGAUGGCGUGAUGACUCUAGGAUACAGAAUGGACCUGAGGGUACAGGACAGGUAGUUCCUGUGGUGACAGUGUCACACUUGUCUCAAAUGAGUAGUGUUAGUAAUAGGAUCUGUGAAACACUUCCCAAGUGUUACCAUUAAUAAAGACCAACCAACCCAAA